AUGGAAGCACAAGGUAGGACGUGCGCAGCGAGUAAAUCCACGUGCGGUGAGAUGACGUGCACAGCACAAGAUAAUUAUCUCCCUCUCGCAAUUCCGCCUGCUUUCCGCGUUCCGUCCCUUCUGCCCUCUCCCCUUCCCUUUCCACCACCUCCCACCCCUCUCGCCCACUCUGCACCAUUCACCCCCAAUUCCCCUUCUCCCCCUCCUCUUUCCCCCUUUGCUCCCCCCGUGUUUCUCCUCUCGCAGGAGGAGAUAGCGGCGCUGUACCGGGAGUUCCGUCAUCCCUCUCACCGCCUCCCCUUACACUCCCCCACCCCCACUCUCCCUCCCUCCCCCUCCUCGCGCCCCCCAGUCUCGCAGGAGGAGAUAGCGGCGCUGUACCGGCGGUUCUGUGCUUUGGACCGCAACGGCAAGGGGUACGUGAGCGGGGACGAGUUCCUCUCCAUCCCCGAAUUCGCCAUCAACCCCCUCGCGCAUCGGCUACUGGGCAUGCUAGAGGGAGUGAACUUCAAAGACUUUGUCAAGUGGCUCGCUGCCUUCAGCUCCCGGGCUACUGCUGAGGACCGCACCCGAUUGGUGUUUGCCGUGUACGACGUGGAUGGCGACGGCAGGAUAUCCAAGGGCGAUGUGCUCGCCAUGCUGCAGGACCUGUCAGGGGGCUUUCUCUCAGACCAGCAACGACAGGAGGUGGUGGUGCAGGCGAUGCAGCAGGCGGGGUUCAGCAGCGACUCACUGCUCUCCUUCACUGACGUCUACAAGGUCAUAGGGAAGCAACUGCGGUUGCAACUUGACAUUCCUGUGGACGAAUAG